UGUUCUGUUCACGUGCACCAAGGCCUUUCAGGAUAUGGUGAACUUUCUACAGGAGAUGGGGCUCACAGACACAGGGGAAUAUGUCGUCAUCGGCAUACGGGAUGAUGAGACAUACGAUGAAACGAAAGCCUCCAGCCUCGUCAUACCUGACACAGAGUUUCGGGAGUUGAACACUAACAAUACAAUCCGGGCCUUCCGGUCCGUCCUGAUGCUCAUAUCGACUCCGCGCACUAACCCCAACUUUAGUGUCUGGGAGGACAACGUCCGCCACCUGCUACACAAACCACCGUUCAACUGCCGGAGUCCCCGCUACAGAAGUACUUCGGAAUCAAAAUAGGCAUUUCCAUUUUUGGAGCCUACCUGUAUGACGCAGUGCAGGUGUAUGCCCGAGCUCUCCACGAAGUCCUCAUAAGCGGCGGAGACAUUCGCAACGGAACGGAUAUUUUCAAUCGCAUCAAAGACAGAACCUUCCAAGGUAUACAAGGACAUGAAGUUUACAUCGACGAAAAUGGUGAUGCAGAGGCUAACUUUACCGUGCUGGCACUCAGACCUGACACCGGUAUCUAUGGCUAUGCCAUGAGGCCCAUAGGGCGAUUUCUGAGAGACACACUCGACAGACACAAUCUGACAUUCAUAGAAGAUGUAAAAGUAUACGGAGAGUUUAUUCCCUUGGACGAACCAGAGUGCGGUAUGAAGGGCAGAAAUGUAAACCCCAACCCAACUACGUUGGGUUUAUCGUCGGAGGCUGUUAGGUACCAUUGCCUUAAUAGUAGUUUGCAUCCUUGUAGGUAUAUACAGGAACUGGCGGUACGAACAAGAGCUGGCCAGUCUCAUCUGGAAGAUAGACCCAAAAGAGAUUCAAAAGAAGCCAGAGACUGCUUAUUCCGCCAUAUCCAUCAUGAGUAAUAACGGGCCACACAACACUCUCACCAUGAACUCUGAGGUCAUCCAGGAACAGCGAUUCACUGAGAUCGGCGUCUACCGGGGAAGCCUCGUGGCCCUCAAGCCCAUACACACCCGCCAUCACAUUGAUGUCACUCGAGACAUGAGACUGGAACUGAAACAGCUGCGUGACAUUCGUCAUGACAACAUCGUUCACUUCAUUGGAGCCACCGUGGAGCACAAUUGCCUUCAAAUCGUCACUGACUACUGCUCAAAGGGCAGCCUUGAGGACAUACUUGAAAAUGCCGACUUAAAGCUGGAUCAUAUGUUUACUGCCUCUAUUGUCUCUGACAUUCUGAAGGGUAUGAUGUACAUUCAUUCGAGUCCUAUAGUAUGUCACGGGGAGCUGAAAUCCUCCAACUGUUUGGUGGACAGCAGGUGGGUGGUCAAGAUCUCCGACUUGGGCCUGAAGCGAUUCAAAGCUCGCAAAAUGAUCCCCGACAUAGGAAUACACGCGAAAUACAAACGUUUAUUAUGGACAGCACCGGAGAUUCUACGAAAAAAUAUUCCACUUCCACUGGGAGGUACGCAGAGAGGAGAUGUCUAUUCAUUUGGAAUCCUUCUUUACGAGAUCAUGUGUAGAAAAGGUCCCUACGGAGACUGCCAUCUGUCGCCGAGAGAAAUUAUAUCGCGAGUGACUCGAGGGCCUGUCGAUGGCAUCGCCUUCCGCCCCAACACAUCGCAGCUGACGUCAUGCGACACCUACAUCCUCGACACCAUGCGCGCCUGCUGGGAUGAGAACCCCGACCCGCCGGACCUCAAGACCUGUAGAAGACUUCUGAUGCCGAUGCAGAAGGGCAUGGGAGCGAAUAUCUUCGACAACAUGAUGGCAUUGAUGGAGCGCUAUGCCAACAACCUUGAGUCUGUUGUAGCGGACAGAACUGUGGAGCUCAACGAAGAGAAGAAGAAAACAGAAAUGCUGCUUCAUCGUAUGCUUCCUCCAAGCGUAGCAGCACAGCUCGUUCGUGGCGCCUCUGUCAUCCCAGAAGCCUUCGAGUCUGUCACCAUCUACUUCAGCGACAUCUGCGGUUUCACAGCCAUGUCCUCCGAGAGCACCCCUAUGCAGGUGGUGGACAUGCUCAACGACCUGUACACACUGUUCGACAACGUCAUCAAAAACUACGACGUCUACAAAGUGGAGACAAUCGGCGAUGCCUACAUGGUGGUCAGCGGCCUGCCGCACCGUAACGGCCUGAAGCACGCCGGCGAGAUCGCCUCCAUGUCGCUGCACCUCCUGUCCGCCAUCAAGCAGUUCCAGAUCCGCCAUCGGCCUCACGACAUCCUCAAGCUUCGCAUUGGCAUGCACACUGGACCUUGUGUCGCUGGCGUGGUUGGCCUGACCAUGCCCCGGUACUGUCUGUUCGGCGACACUGUCAACACGGCCUCCAGAAUGGAGUCGACAGGAGAGGCUCUGAAAAUCCACGUGAGUCCACAUAGCAAGAGACUCCUGGACACCCUGGGUGGCUACGUACUUGAAGCACGAGGCCUAAUCAGCAUGAAGGGUAAGGGUGAGGUGAUGACUUACUGGCUUAAAGGAGAAAAGAGUACAUGCACAUCCGAGGACAUCGGUGUCCACAUCGAAUCGUCUGCACACAGCUGCGACAACGACACGACAAAUGCUCCUCACGAAGCGGACCACACCAACGAUCAACAGACAAAUACCAACGUUUCCCUCACCCACUACCUAAAAUCCUCCUUGACUUCUGAACACACCGACUCCUCAUCGCCCUCUCAAUGUUCUUUGUCAUCAAGGGUAGAGACAGACCUAAAAGGACCGUCGAAACGGAAGAAAAAGAAAUUCCGACGCAAGUCAUGGUGGAAAGCUGUCGGAAAUAAAAACCACACAAAAGAGAAAGAAGAAGGCGACAACGACGUGUCCAAUAACAACGACAACCAACGGAAGUGCGUCAUCACGGUGUCGGAACAUCAGCCGCAGCACAGCUGCGCGGAGAUUAACUACGUCAGCGAUCUGCCUCCCUUCUUGAAGACUUCUCCUCUCAGGGAAAUCUCAAUCAGCUCGGCAGACAGCUCGCGGGGCCUCAUCCUUGAGGACGGCAGCGAGGCAGGCGGCAGUCCAGACUGCGUGCCCAAGAGGAAGAGGCACUUGCUUCAGCAACUCCUGAGGAGGACCAAGAUGCAUCCCGCGCUGGGGGCGCAGGAGGACACGUGCCACUCGGCUUCUCGGGACUCAGUGCAAGCUAACGGCACUCACGUGUCACGUGACAAGCAGUACUACAACGUGGCUUUUACCGGGGACGUCUUGUUGUGAAGCCUGAAGACAGACUAUAGGAUGGUAGAGAGUGCAUCCAUGUGAUCAGAUCAUGUCUUACAUUGCGGACAAUUAUCUUUUCUUCUAAUCUUUUAUUGCAAGUACAUUUAACUUGCUAAUUGUCUCUGUAAAAACUGUCUUCACGAGGCAGCAGUAACUUUAUAAAGCGAAAGUGAUGUUGAAGUGAUUAUGGCAUAGAUAUUGUAUCAUUUUUGAUAUUUUUUUUAAUUGUUUGCUUUCCAUCUGUAUACAAUACAUCAUGUUUGACUUUUUGCAGAGGUUCUUAUUUAUGGCUAAAUGCAUAAAAGCAAUGAGUUUAAAACAAGCAUUUUUAUCACUAAAAUCUUUUCCUACUCUCUAUUAAACAAGCGUCUUAGCUGGAGGAAGCAAUUUUCUGACAGUCUUUGAUUUUAAAAAAAUGUUGUUUUUUUUUAAAAAAAAAUAUCAUCUAUCUUGAAGAAAUGUUUUACUGAUGUAGUAGCUACCUGUCACUUUCCAAAAUUAAUCAAAUAGUUUUUUACUAGCUGUUUCGUUUAAAGCUGAAAAGAAAUACAAUGGAAGACUUUUUCAAAAGUUUUAACGUCUUCGCUCAGAGUAAACGAUUCCCCGAUGCUUGACUCUACACUUUAGCCAGCAGCUGACUAAACUACGAUCGUUAAAAAAUCAUAUUAAAUGUAGGCUAUUUUCUAUUCGAAUGUAAAGAACCCUUUCUGUGUGCUUAAGUGUUCAGUUUUGUUUUCGGGUCCAAUGCUCCAUAAUAACUCAUAAAUCGUGUUGAAAAUGUUAAUUGUUUGCCAAAUGUUUUUAGUCAUUGAAAUUUGAAACAUUAUAAGUUGUCCAAGUCGAGAAUUUUAACAAGAAUUUUUUUUUUCAAGAAAAUGUUUUUCGAAGACAUUAAUACACAUUGCUGGUGUUUUAAAAUAUCAGAAGCUAACCAUUCAUUUCAUCUGCUAAAUACUUUGAAUUCCGCAAUAAUGAUGGCAGAAUCUGUAUUAACCUGAAAUCCAUUUUUGUACUUGGAUGAUGUGAUUAAAAUAUUAACAAUC